ACGAGAAAAUGCAACCAUUUUGCUCGGUUUUCACUUGGAGCAGCACCUCCUGCUGCUUUUUCCGCUCAAAAAUGGAGGAGACUCCACUCUGCCAAAGGCAAGAGAGGCAGAAGAAACUGCCGCCGGGAGGAGGAAGAAGUAGUGGCGAUGAUGGCGGAGGAGGAGCAGUUGAGGGGCUGGUGGCUGCCGCUGUAACGCUGGUCUUAUCCACUUCCUGCCUCGCUUCUGCUCCGGUAGCCUAUAGCCAGUCCAUGUCAAAUGGAGCAGCUUUGUUUCAGAAAGCCUGUAUUGGCUGCCAUGAUAUGGGAGGCAAUAUUUUGCAGCCUGGUGCGACUCUCUUCUUAAAAGAUCUACAAAGGAAUGGUUUUGACACGGAGGAAUCAUUAUACAACAUAACAUACUAUGGAAAGGGAAGAAUGCCAGGAUUUGGAGAGCAGUGCACGCCGAGAGGGCAAUGCACAUUUGGACCAAGGUUGCAGGAGGAUGAGAUUAAACUCUUGGCAGAGUUUGUCAAAUUGCAAGCCGAUGGAGGAUGGCCAAAGUUGGAGAUCUUUGGAGAUUGA